ACACAUUCUCUCUCUAGAUCUCUCUCUCUCUCUCACACACACAAACACACACAAGUCCAUUAUAUAUGAUGCUAUAUAUGUAAUGUUCAGACAAGAACAAAACACAUCACAAAAUUCCCAAGUGAUAUGAUUUUUGCCACAAUUUUUAGUAAGAUUAGGCUUGUUCAAUCAUUCUCCGUCGUCUUUCUCCAUUGGUUCUAUUCACUUUCUUGAAUUUUCUUCUUUCUUAUUCGUAUAUAUACAUAUAAACAAUCGUUUGUCGAUUCGAAGCAUGUCAUCAAAAGGUCAUCUGAUGGUGAAUGAUGAGAACAAGAAGAUGAAGAGAAUGAUCUCAAAUCGAGAAUCGGCAAGGAGGUCCAGAAUGAAGAAAGAAAAACACAUGAAGGAUCUCAACGACCAAAUCUUCUAUUUCUCGAAAAAGAAACAGGAAAUGGUUCUAAACAUCGAACGAAUCACAACGGGACACGCUGCAACGGAGAUGGACAACAUGGUAUUGCGAUCACAAAAGCAAGAGUUGGAGAAGAGAUUGGAGUACGCAAAGAGCGUUUGCAGUCGCUACGGGGAUGUCGUUCAAGAACCAUGGGUGAGGCCAUGGGAGCCUUCCAACUCCAUGCGUGUUAUGUCAUCUGCUGGAUUUUCCAACUUUUGAUUCAGCCACUUGGUUUAAUUAAGUUCCUUUAAUGUUUUGAUUCAGCCACUUGGUUUAAUUAUUUCCUCAAAAUAAUCCAUUCUUGGUAUAUUCAGACCAAACAACCUCAUUUUAGUUUCAUUUUGCGGUUUUAGUAUUGAAUGUUUUGGUAGCAUGUAAAAUCUAGAUAUGGAUUAUUCUUGUUUUAUACAGACAUGACGUACAGCACUAAAAGUUUUACCUUUUUUAUAUGGCUGAAUUGUAACAUGCAUACAGUUGCUUUUUUGAUAGUUUAAUAUAUGAAAAGGAGAGGACUUUGAGUUAGA